CGUUCAAAAAAACAAAUUAUAACUUGACCCCGCAAAAGCAAUAUAUUAUCGAUUUAGCCCCUCAUCUUUUUAUCGAAUUCACCACACGAGAAUCUCUCCCGCCCCUACAUCUCUACUCGGGCUUUCACCUCUUCUUCCCCGAGAGACGCGGGAUUCAACGCUCUUCUGUUUUUUUCUUCUUCUUCUUCUUCUUCAAUUCGUCAAGGUUUUUUUGUCUGGUUGGGAGGAAGAUUUCAGAAUUUUCUCUUUCUUUUAAUGGUUUCAUUUCUGUAUUCGUCGUGAAUUUUGUCUCCUUGUUUGGGAGGGAGGAAAAUCUUUCUUCUUCUUUGUUCGUUUUCUGUUUCUGGGUUUCGAUUUUUUUACAGAAAGCUCGAAAUCGUGGGCGACGUAGAGGAGAAGAGACGGGAGCUUCAAGGCAAUAGCGUCUGUAGAGCGUGAUAACAAUAAAAUAAUUGAAAGCAGCCGAGAAAAUUUGACGCUGUCAUGGUCCGGAGCUCGUGGGUUUUCCUGUUUUGACGAGAAUUGGGGGCUUUAAGAGGAAAAACCGAGAACCCAUUCGGUAUUCCGACAGAGAAACAGGCGAAAAUCCGAGGAUGUUUGGGACCCAGAGCAGGAGCGACCUUGCCCUUGAACUGCAAUCCCAGAUUCCGAUUCUCCGGCCGAGCAUCCACGCGCGUCGAGCAAACAUCACCGUGAAAUUCCAGGACCUGUACCGAUUCACGGUGGAGGGUAAUGUGGACGACGUGAACGUACUGAACGAGGUGAGAGAAAAGGUGAGGAGCCAGGGAAGAGUUUGGUGGGCAUUGGAGGCAAGCAAGGGCGCGAACUGGUAUCUGCAGCCGGAGAUUCUGUGGGUUUCCGACGGGAUCGCGUUGAAAUCGUCGCUGAAGAUCUCGACUUUGACGAAUGCGAUCACGUUGAAGAGGCUGAUCAGGAAAGGGAUUCCGCCGGUGCUCCGACCGAAGGUGUGGUUCUCGCUGUCUGGUGCGGCCAAGAAGAAGUCGACUGUGCCGGAGAGUUAUUACAGUGACUUGACAAAGGCCAUCGAAGGGAAGGUCACGGCGGCGACGCGGCAGAUCGACCAUGACCUGCCCCGGACCUUCCCGGGUCACCCGUGGUUGGACACUCCAGAAGGUCAUGCCUCUCUUCGACGUGUUCUUGUUGUGUAUUCCUUCCGUGACUCUGAUGUCGGCUAUUGCCAGGGACUAAAUUACGUUGCAGCAUUGUUAUUACUCGUCAUGAAGACUGAAGAAGACGCCUUCUGGAUGCUGGCCGUCCUCUUAGAGAAUGUAUUAGUCAGUAACUGCUAUACAAACAACUUGUCCGGAUGCCAUGUCGAGCAACGGGUUUUCAAAGAUUUGCUUACUAAAAAAUGUCCUAGGAUAGCUUCCCAUCUUGAAGAUAUGGGCUUCGAUGUUUCCCUUGUGGCAACUGAAUGGUUUUUAUGCCUUUUCUCGAAGAGUUUGCCUUCAGAGACUGCACUCCGGGUAUGGGAUGUUCUUUUCUACGAAGGAGCGAAGGUUCUUUUCCAUGUAGCUUUAGCGAUAUUCAAGAUGAAAGAAUAUGAGUUGCUUCUGACCCAUCAGGUCGGCGAUGUGAUCAAUAUAUUACAGAGAACUACUCACCAUCUCUUUGACCCCGAUGAGUUGCUAACGGUGGCAUUUGAUAAAAUCGGGUCGAUGACCACCAACACCAUAUCGAAGCAGAGGAAGAAGCAGGAGCCGGCAGUAAUGGCGGAACUCGACCAGAGACUUCGGAGAUUGAACUCUCUCAAAGAGGGCGAGAAAUAGCAGAACCUGAAGAACGAAGAACGAAAGUUCACACAGUAUAUAAGGGUGUACUGCUAUGAUUUCUGAAGUACAUAAGGACAGAACUUGAUCAAAAGUUGUAAUUUUUAUUUCUUUAUUUUUAAAUUACUUCAUCUUCAGAUCU